AGUGGCGCUCGGGCCUGCAGCUCCACGAACGGCCCGGAGGGCCCCGCGCGCCAGCGCUCCUACUGGAGCUACGUGAAGCGUCUAGUGCAGGGAGCGCCAGAGCCGCCAUACUCGCACGUGUGCCAGGUUGGGGAUCCGGUGCUGCGGACUGUGGCGGCCCCGGUGGAGCCAGCGCAGAUUUCGGGGCCCGAGCUGCAGCGGCUGGUGCAGCGGCUGGUGCAGGUGAUGCGGCGGCGGCGUUGUGUGGGCCUGAGUGCGCCGCAGCUCGGGGUGCCGCUGCAGGUUCUGGCCCUGGAACUCCCCGAGGCGCUGUGCCGCGCCUGCUCGCCGCGCCUGCGCCAGCUUCGCCAGAUGGAGCCCUUUCCCCUGCGUGUGUUCGUGAACCCUAGCUUACGGGUGCUGGACAGUCGCCUGGUCACCUUUCCCGAGGGCUGCGAGAGCGUCGCCGGCUUCCUGGCCUACGUGCCCCGUUUCCAGGCCGUGCAGAUAUCAGGGCUGGACCCAAGAGGAGAGCAGGUGGUAUGGCAGGCCAGUGGCUGGGCAUCCCGCAUCAUCCAGCAUGAGAUGGACCAUUUGCAGGGGUGCCUGUUCAUUGAUAAAAUGGACAGCAGGACAUUUACAAAUAUCCACUGGAUGGAGGUGAAUGACUGAAGUUUUCUCGCUGGAAUCAAGAAGCAAAUACUUCGGCUUUGAGCCGGGCACACUUUCCUUGUGUCUGUAUUAGCUCUGAUCUGACAGACAACAGUGGACUCCCAAAGUAUGCCAAACCGAGCUGGAAAAGGCGUUAGAAAUGCCUGCCCCGAAAUCAAGUACAGACAGACAAAAUAUUGUCUGCAACUCAAAGAGAAAUGUAACCCCUUGAAAGUAGACUUUCCUGACAAUUUUGUGUUGAGAUAAGUGGGCACGUAAAUUAAUUCUCAGAAGAAAUGAUUUAAGAAAAUCUGGACAAUCUACUCCCAAAGUCAAGACCUGAUAAAUCAUACUGUGGUCCUCAGUUUUCUGAGAGCUGCAUUUAAAAACUUAAGGUUGUGGUUGGCCAUGUUUGCUGAGUUCUUUUUACAAAGGUCUUGCAUGUCCUUGGUUGUCAGAAUUUGCUUGUAGAAGUAAAACACAGGACAGAAUGGUCCUGGGUCAAGGAGUAGUUUAUUUUUAUUUAAAAAAAUUUGCCAGAGGGCACAUGUGCUCACUGGAAACAGAGGGAAAGGAAGAAAGCACCUUCCAUGGGGAAUGGUCAUGCUGCAGUCUCCUCUCUGUUUCUGCCACCUUUCAGGAAUUGGGGCAUGCAAAAUCACAUACCCAGGGUGUUUGUUUUUCAAGCUAUAGGUUCCAGGACUCAAGAACCUCCCAGUUUGUAUGUUCUCAUCUGGAAAAACCAUGCCAAACUCUGACCUAAGGGAGUCUGUAAAUCAGCACUCCUACCUCUCUCCUACUCUACUGAAUUUAGAAGAGAAAGAUCUUUUUAAGGGAGUAAUAGGUGAGUUCACACAGGUCCAGAUAAGAGUCAAAAAUGAGACCACUCAGGUGGCUCAAGAAGGGAAAAGGAUUUAUUAGACCAUUUCCAGGACAGGGAGCAGGAGCAGUGGCUGGCUUCAGUGUUCUCACACUCAAAGGAGGAAAAAGCAACAGUGAAAACUCUCCUGCCCGCUUUCCUCAUUCCAACAAAAACGGCUUUGUGCUCACAAAAACCAUCUCCUCCUCCUGCAGGAAGACGCAGGGUCCUGGAUGCAAACCUGGAGGGUGGGGAUGGCUAGUCUUACUCAGUCUUCACAGGCAGAGCUUGGGCUGGGACCUAGGGGGAUCAGCCAAUCUCUUCUCAAGAAACAAAACUUGGGCCUACAAGGAAGAGGGUCGGUGGGGCCGGGCCAGCUGUCUGGAAGUUGAUGCGCCAGCCCUGCAGCACGGCUGUUUCUGUUCCUUGACACACCUCUGGAGAGUUUAUCUUUACAUAUAAAUGAGACGAAAAUCCAAGCAGCAUUGAUUUAGGGGAACAAAACAGACUUUUAAAAAAUGAAGACAUGGAGGGACAGGCAAAGGAGUUGGUGAGCAUCCAGGAGAGAAGAGGAGGAAGAAGGAA